AUGCACACAUGGCUCAGGCCCGAGGCUGAGCAAUCCCUAAAACGCAAAGAGGCUCCACUUUCAGGGCUCGAAUCCACACUAGUUCGCGACGCUCUAUCCAAAGAGAAGGCCGGGACUCGCUUCGAUCGUUACAAGCGUUUGGUCGAGGUAUUGCGCAUACGGGUCACUCGACCGGUCAUUGCUAUUACCUCCCUUGGAGAUUUGGGACGCAAGUAUACCUGA